AUGGUAGGUGGAUCUAUACUUGGUCUAUCAAAUAUAACAUUAACCCGCCACAGCCUAUUUCCUACUAUCGACAUUCCCGGGCUUGGGACCUUCCAAGACGGCGGUAUGAGAAGGCAUAACAAUCCUAUCAACCUAGCUUUGUCGGAGGCAAAGCAUUUAUGGCCAAAUUGUCCCAGUCCUGAUGUUUUCAUUUCGCUUGGAACGGGAUCUGAGACUGGUAGCCAGUCUCCAGUAGUCUCUAAAUUUCGCAACGUGCUUCUCGAUGGAUGGCUUCCACGCGUCUAUCGGUCAGUCUCUUCGUCUUUUGAAGGUCAAAACAACUGGAAGGAGUUCCUAGGUAUUAUGGACGAAAAGUCUCAGGCCCAAUACUUUCGCUUUGACUUGUCGAUUCCUAGUGGACUACCUAGAUUGGAUAAUACUGAAUGUAUGGAUAGACUAUCAAGUCUUGUCCGUGCUAAUAUAUCCAGCGAUCGGACACAAAGAGAUGCAGCUAUAUCAUUGCUAGCUACGUCUUUCUUCUUUUGCUUGGAUACUAAGCCGAAAUACUUUUCAGGUCUGUUGCAAUGUGUCGGUUCGAUUCGCUGCCGUGCUCCAGCGCGAGAUGUUAUUCAAUGUCUCGACAAGAUAUCCACGCCUAAAGAAUUCUAUAAGGAUGCUAUUAACUUAGGCCUUCAACUUACUACGGAUGAUAUUUGCCAAUAUUGCGAUCGAUAUUUCCGACCAGUGCGAUUCAUUGUCCGUGACGUAAAAGAUACGAUCACGCUAUCACUACGGUUUGGUGGCGAGCAACACCGCCUUAGUGCCUUUCCAAACAAGAUACAGUGGUUUGCCGAACAACAGGGGCUUGAGUGGAGUUUUGGGUCUCUCGAUCAUCGUGUAGACUCAUCCCGGAGGGGUUGUCCUAUGUGUGAAGGACAACAAGCCGGGCGGCUGAGAAAAAGGAAGCAUGCAGACAUAUGA